AGCCCCACUAGUCAUUUCACUUCAUCAAACACCUACUCCUACAAUGUCGCUGAUCCCGAGCGAUUUCUUCGGCGGACGAAGGACGAGCGUCUUCGAUCCUUUCUCCCUCGACAUCUGGGACCCCUUCCUGGACUUGUCGAUCACGCCGUCGACCGCCCUGUCGGUGCCCCGGUCGGACGUGUCGAGGGAGGUCGCGCAGUUCGCGAGCGUGCGGAUCGACUGGAGGGAGACGCCGGAGGCCCACGUGUUCCAGGCGGACCUGCCGGGGAUGAGGAAGGACGAGGUGAGAGUGGAGGUCGAGGAAGGGAGGGUGCUGAGCAUCAGCGGGGAGCGGAGGAGGGAGAAGGAGGAGGUCACGGACACGUGGCACAGGUUGGAGAGGGGGAGCGGGCGGUUCUCGAGGAGGUUCCGCCUGCCUGAGGACGUGAGGGUCGAUCAGGUGAAGGCGACCAUGGAGAACGGCGUCCUCACGGUGGUUGUGCCCAAGGCGGCGGCAGUGAGGCCCGACGUGAAGCCCAUUCCGAUCACCGGUUGAGAGGUUCUGCAUCGGAGCGAUGGAGAUACUACGGCUUUAUAGCGCAUAAAAUAAAGAGGAGAACAUCCCAGUGCGAGACUUAUGAAAGUCUGUGUGUGAGUCUAGUCAGGGUUUUGUUAUCUAUGAUGCAUAGAGAGGAUGUAGUAUGCUCUUAUAAAAUAAAA